CUCUGGCUGGUCUGAGCUCCAUCUGAACCCAGACUCCUCUCGGCUGCCGCCCAACACAUCUGUGAUUACCCCGCACCUAUGGAGCACAUCCCAACCUAUACGGAGCAGAGAAUCCUCUGUGCCUCCUGCGGCACCACGAUUGCGCCCAACCCCGCCAACCUCUGCGUCAACUGCAUCCGAAAUGAGGUCGACAUCACCGAGGGCAUCCCCAAGCAGGGCACCCUGCAUUUCUGCAAAGGCUGCGAGCGAUACCUGCAGCCGCCCAACAUCUGGGUCAACUGCGCCCUCGAGUCCCGCGAGCUUCUCGCCCUGUGUCUCAAGAAGCUCAAGGGCCUCUCCAAGGUCCGCCUGAUCGACGCUGGUUUUGUUUGGACAGAGCCUCACUCUCGCAGAAUCAAGGUCAAGCUCACGAUCCAGAAGGAGGUGUUUGCCUCGACCAUUCUCCAGCAAGUCUUUGUCGUCGAGUUCAUCGUCAGCGGCCAGCAAUGCGAGGAGUGCACUCGAGUCGCUGCCCAGCUGACCUGGAAAGCCGCAGUCCAAGUCCGCCAAAAGGUCCCCCACAAGCGCACCUUCCUGUGGCUCGAACAGCUCAUUCUCAAGCACAACGCCCACAAAGAUACCACAAAUAUCAAGGAGGCUCGGGACGGCAUUGAUUUCUACUACGCCAACCGAUCCCACGCCAUCCGCAUGGUCGAGUUCCUCCAGGCCAUCACCCCGCUGCGACUCAAGACUUCCGAGCAGCUCAUCUCGACCGACAUUCACGCCGGAACGGCCAACUACAAAUUCACCUACUCAGUCGAGCUGGUGCCGAUCUGCAAGGACGAUCUGGUGUGUCUGCCCAUGAAGGUGGCCCGGUCGCUGUCAAACAUCAGCCCCCUCGCUCUUUGCACUCGCGUCGGAAACUCACUCCAGCUGCUCGACUUCAACUCGCUCCGGGUCGGUGAAUUGAGAGGCGCUGUUUUCUGGGAGUCGCCCUUCACGUCACUUUGCGAUGCCAAGGAGCUGGUCGAGUUCUACGUCAUCGAUAUUCAGCCCGAAGGAGUCCACAAUGGAAAGUACAUGCUUGCGACUGCCGAAGUUGCCUUGUCCAACGACCUCAACACCACUUGGCUCGUGCGAACACAUCUGGGCCAUAUCUUGCGUCCGGGCGACCAUGUAAUGGGUUACAAUCUUGUCAACGCCAACUUCAACAACACCGAGUACGACAUCUUCUCCCAGGCUGCCCAAAGCCGCGGCGGACUGCCCGAUGUGGUACUGGUUCGCAAGGCCUAUCCCAACGCCCGCAGAAAGAGACGCACUCGCAACUGGAAGCUGCAGCAGCUCGCUAAGGAAGAGGAAGAGGGUGUCGUCAAAGCCAAGAGCGAGAAGGCCAAAGCUGAGCUGGACUACGAGAUGUUCUUGCGGGAUCUGGAAGAAGACCCCGAGCUCCGCAGCAUGGUGAACCUCUACAAAGACGCCGCCCAGAGCAACAAGGUUGUCCCCAUCAUCGAAUCGGAGAACCAGGACGACGACGAAAUGAUGGACGAAGACGACGAGCCAGAGGAGGACUUCCCCGAGAUCAACAUGGACGAGCUGCUCGAGGAGAUGGAGGGCAUGAACAUCCAGGACGACGAAAUGGCCUAAUGCUCGCCGCCUGCCGGCCAUCGUGGCGGAUCGCAGCCGACUUGGUGCGGCUAUUCCACACCCGCCAUCAAUAUAGCGCACCUCGAUCAGGAAGGCA